AAGUCGUCCCAGUGCUGCUGAGAUGGUAGUUCCUUGUUCAACUUGUUCCUAUGCAGUCGAGUAUUUAUUCAUUCCCCAUACCUUUUCCUGCGUUUAUUGAAAUAAUACAUCGUGUGGCUGUCUCCCAUUUAUACUGACUGACGUCCGGUGGUUGUGUGCAGAACAGGAAAAGGACAAAAAAGACAACGAGAAGUAAAAACCCAGUGAAAUGUCGGAUUUCGACGGAAUGGCAUGCGGUAACUAAAACAUUCUGCUACACGGCGUUCGUGAAAUGAUUCCUGGAAGACGAUCGACGCUUUUCUGAAGAUCCUCCCCCGGUGCUCAUCGCAAUCGAUGGAAUUUCGAAUCAUCCUUUUAUACUCGUUGUUGCUCGUCUCAGCGAGGGGAUCACGGCCGUCUGCAAGAGGUUUAGCUGUACGUGACGAAUGGCCUGAAUCAUCAUUAGCUGGGCCAAAUGACGAACGAAUCGAUGCACUGAAAGAGCGAGACGAAAUGUCUCUAAUCACGUUAGCCGACCUUGAAGAGGAACACGAAAAAGGAGGAAAGGCAAGCAGCGUGUCUGACGUAAUCGUUGUCGGUCGCACCAUUUCAGCGGUGGCUGCAACAGGAACAGGAAGACGGCGAUGGAUGAAACGAGCUGCGGAAAUCCUAGCCGGCACGAGCGUCAAACAUCAGGUGGCCAGCGUUUCCUCCCCCUCCAUUCCACCGCCGGAAACGACGAUGUCAACACCAACGGCCGCAUCUAAUACGACCCGCGUCCCAGAUUCAACGUCCGAGUCGGUGGAGACCAGCUCCGAACCUACUACGCUUCUCUUGUCAUCCAGCACUACCACCGUUGACACUACAUCGAUUGAAACGAUGGCGUCAGUCAGCCGUAUGGACGUCAUAUCAUCCACUUCCAUUGUACCCGAGUCACAAGAUGAAUCGGUCCAGUCAAAUCAGACGGUUAACACGAUCGUUAUAAAUUCUACCAGUACAACCACCACUCAGUUCAGCCCUGCAGCACACGAAAAUGCGGAUGAAUACUUUGCCGAUGAUGCGUCCAGUUCGACGUCUGCGACGGACGCUAAUUUCGACGACGAGGAGACGACCAUAAUUAUGGACAAAAUCACUGGAGCGCCGCCAUCUGUUCAACAUCCCGAAGCUGAUUCGGAACACGUCAACACAUCGCCUCUAUGGACGGAUGAACUUAAUCCGACGUCCAUUCCCGACACUUCUCCGAGGCCCUUUCUGACUGUGUCGUCGGUUGUGGCGAUUGGACGAGCUUUGUCGCAGGAAGAGAGCGUUCCAUGGCCGGAAGCGAAAUCUACCAAAGUGAUUGGUACCAUCAUCGAAGAUAUUCACGGACCUUUUAGUGACGGUGUUUCGUCCGUCAGUACAAUCGGUCCGGACGUACUUACAGGCAGCGGGAUCGUCGCUAUCGCCAUGUGCAUUUUCCUGGUUCUAGUGACCACAGCCGGUGCCAGCGGAUAUUGGUGGUACCGUCGGCGUUACCUGCUGAACCGUCCUGAAACGCUGAGCGAACGCUACGCUCCGUCCGAAACGGGCCUCGGGGCAGCCGAAGACAUUUUCCGCGUCGGAUACGUCCAUAGUCCCGAACUUCCGAGGCAGGAUAGUUCAGAAGAGAUGUAUUCACUCGAUAAUGACUCCUUCUUGACGAGUCUUGAAGCCAUGACGAUACCUACUUAUUGGACCGAAACCAUCAAACACACUAAACUAUAGAAGUUUUAUACAUGGCUUACUCUUCUGCGCCUCGGAGUUAUUUUUUGGCUGGACUGGCCUACAGACGGCAUCAUGGGAAAGAACGCAAAAAACAAAAAAAUCUUUUGUUUACCGCAUUCGAAAAACAAAACAAAAUUCCAAUGGCUUGGCUUAUAGAAGCCGAAUGAUGACUGCGCGGAUAUACUGACGGUAUUGAUUAUCAUCGAGCGGUGUUAUGUGUGUGCCUGUGAAUGUGUGUGUGUGUGUGUGUGUGUGUGUGUGUGUGCAGAAAAAAAAAAAGGCAGGACAGGCACAAUUUAUACGGUGCCUGCGAUAGGGAUGCCUGCCCAUGUUGUACGUUGAUAUCGGGUGAGUUAUGCUGUUACGCGUAUACACCACACGUCAUCAGCACUACUCUCAAUCGUUAUAUAAGUAAAGUAGUUGUAUUUAAUUAACGCGAUUCUAUCCGAGUUGUAGGUACUCUACUUUUCACUACCUGAAAAGGCCUGAAAUUUACUGUAUCCUGUCCACACAUAAUUUCGUAGGUAAUUAGUAAGGAAAUGUAUAUGCAGUGUAUACUUAACUAUAUCCCAUUUUACACAAAUUUAACAUUCAAUUUACCUGUGUCUUAAAGUACGUUGGAACUGUAUAGAUUUACGAUUUGAUCGAGUAGAAAAUGGGUCAUUUCUUCCUAACGAUAAUACGAGAAAAACUCGCCUUUUGUUAUUGCUAGGAAUUAAUGGCUGGUUUUCUCUCUCUUGGCUGUUCCGAGUUAUAAACUUUUAUCUAAUAGAACUCUGGAUAGGAAAGUUUCGGCUGGAAAUUCUCUUUUAUAUAUACAAUAUAUAUAUAUAUUUACAUAUAAACAUUAUAUUAACAUAAUCGCUCACCAUUCAUUCUUGUUUUUAUGUACCGUUUCCCUCCAAUUGUGGUCCCUCGUCUUAUUAUUGCGCGUCUCCUGAUCUCGUUGUGUGCAUUAUUUUUGUUCGUUUUUAUUUUUUUGUUCAGUUCCCUUCGUAAUCUGCAAUACACUUGUACCGCAUAUCGA